AUAAAUCAUUUUAUUGUUGGCCUUUAUAGUGCCUUUCUACCGACCACUGCACUAUGCGGGAAGAUAAAUUCUGCGGAGUCAUGGAUCAAGACGAAAACAGCGCAAAAAGACCAAAACUCGUUCGAUGCGAAAAAGUCGGUUGGCUGAACAAGAAACUCCUGGUUUCAAAACUCUUUUACUUCUGCUACUGGGGUGCGGUUGGUUCGUUUUUUCCUUUGCUAGGCGUUUACUUCAAGCAGCUUGGAAUGAACCCGUAUCUUAGCGGGAUUUUAGUCGGAUGUAGACCGAUGGUGGAGUUUUUCAGCGCGCCAAUUCUUGGAUCACUGGCAGACAGGUUGGACAAGAGGAAAGUUCUGAUGAUCUUUUCGUUGAUGUGCUGGGUGUCAUUUACGUUUUCUCUAGCAUUUAUUAAACCUGCACCUGUAACGUGUCGCAAAUACUUUGUCUUGACUAAAAACGUUUCACAAAUAACAUCUGGAGAGACUAGCGAAGUAAAAAAGUUCCUCCAGCCGGCAACACCAAAGGAAAAGGAGCCAAAAUUUAAUGCGAAAAGCUCUUUAGUCUAUGACCCGGAUGGAGUUCAUCAGGUGUUCUUAGUGCUUCUAUUUCUGACCAUCAUUGGUGAGUUUUUUUCCGCGCCCGCCAUAACACUGGCGGAUUCUGCAACGCUUGGGGUGCUUGGCGAAAACAAGGAACUUUACGGGCGACAGCGGUUAUGGGGGAGCCUGGGAUGGGGUACCGCUAUGUUCCUUCUUGGCUUCGUCAUUGAUAGACUUCAAGGAGUGGAAAUGUGCGGAGAAAUAAUCAGCCAGAACUACACAGUGGGAUUCUACUUCUUUGUGGUUUUUAUGAGUUGUGCUCUGCUAGUAGCUACCCGAUUUUCAUUCAAAGGGAGUAGUGAUAGCUCAUCUAGCGAAAGGCAAGGAAGAGGAUUCGACCUUUUUAAGAUCCUGUUUUCGAUUCGAUACAGUGGCUUUUUGAUUGUCGUAUUCUUUAUGGGGUUUGGAAUCGGACUGAUCUUUACUUUUCUCUUUUGGCACCUCGAAGACCUCGGUGGUCCUCCGACACUGUUCGGGAUUGCUUCGCUAAUCGAUCACCUCUCGGAAAUCAUUUGCUACUUCCACGUCGGAAGACUAAUCAACAGCAUUGGCCACAUACCAGUAUUAUACAUCGGACUUGCGGGUAACUUUGUGAGAUUUCUGUAUAUCUCCUGGAUACAGAACCCUUGGCUUGUGUUACCACUAGAAGUUCUACAAGGGCUGACACACGCUGCUGUGUGGGCUUCAUGCACUAGCUACAUGGGAAGGAUUGCACCCCCUGGAUAUAGUACCUCAGCACAGGGAAUCUUACAGGGGGUACAUCAUGGUCUAGGGAGAGGGUGUGGGGCUAUAGUGGGGGGAGUAAUGAUCCAUCACUUUGGCACAAAUAAGACUUUUAGUCUUUACGGUAUAGCAUGUCUGGUAGUACUUGUGAUAUUUGGACUGCAACAAAAGGUACUAGGGCCUGAUGAACAAAUAACAAAGAGACCAAACACAUUAGAGGUCUCAGCCACAAAGGCUAAGAACAGUCCUACAGGUAUAGUACCAGAUAGCUCACCACCUUCAGUACUAGGACCUAUAGUCCCUGCACUCUUUGCAAAAAGAGGAGAUGAUGUUGAACCAAAGUUCAGAGUUGUUGGCCAACAUGUGCAACCACAACAAAAACAAACAACAAGCUAGCAGUCAGGAGAUCUGUGAAAAUAAGAUCUCAACAAAUCAGCUAUCUACAAAUCCACAUCUUUCAUCUAUACCUUAAUCUAUAUAUCUAUACCUAUAUCUAUAUGUUGCUCAAUCCCUAUAUUGCACCACUUGAUUGCAUUUUAACCAUGAAAACUCUACAUGAUUGCUUUGUUUCACUUGUUUACUCUUUAUGGACAUUUUUUUACUGCAUUCUUCUUUUGACAAAAUACAGUUCUAAUACUGCAAAGAAACUUUAUAAGAUAAUUAUUUGAUAUUAAAUAACAUAUAGUUGGGUGGGCACUCUCUCUCCUUCAGUUGUUUAUCAUCUUGUGUCAACUUAAAUAUAGCCAAACAUGACAAAUACUUGAAACCCAAAAGCAGCUGUUAUAACAAAAAGCAAAAAUAUUGAUGUUGAAUCAAAAAGCUGUCUAUAGUAAAUCAGUCCAUACCAGCAAACGAAUAGCAUUAUGAUAAUUAAAGGUACAAAGAGACGACUAACAUCAAGCUCCACUUCAGCAUCUCCAUUUGGGUGCUCAGGUUGGGAAACAUCAGAAAUUUGUGCGUGAACAACAGAGAGGUUUGUCACGCCAUAAAAUGAGAUAGUAGCAUUAUCAUCACCAAGAAGAUGUCCACUGAAAAUCAGACGCACUCUUUUUCCUUGGGAGAUUUCUUGAGAGAAACAUAGCCUAUAAAAACAAAUUGACAUCAUAAGUACAAUUUUGAUAGCCCCAGAUGAAAAAAAUACUGUGUUUAGAGUGUAGUGAUUGAAAAAUGUGUAAAUCAGGAAUGGAUUUGAACUAUCACAAUAAAACAAUUUCAAUAUGAUGUAAGCCAAAAUUUGUUCUUUUGUUGUCUUUCUGCAAUUUGGGAAAUAAAACACAGAAACCUAACAUGA